AUGCGUACUGCAGAUAAUUCAGAGAUGGAUCGUAUCCCUCCACCACCGUACACAGAGGUAGCAGAUGCGUUGGACGCAGCAAGCCAGCCUGUUCAAGCAAGCCUACGGGGUGGCUACAUGCGACCUUCGCUGCCGUCAGAAAUGCCAUCAGAUGAGAACAAUCUCUCGUCGGCUAUCACGUACUUCGAAGAUCCAGACGAUCCCGACCUACAUCGAGCUGGGGUAUAUCUGAGCUUGGCCGAAUACACUAUUACGUUCAAUCGCGAAACCACUCGUGACGAUCUUGCCUAUCCUCUUCCCAUCGAAACCUACAUUGCUCGAGAUGUGACAAGUCUCGAUUGGUCCACUUUUGUCAACUUUCUAUUCCCAAUGCGUGACGAAGUCCGCCAUGGAAAGCUCAGGCCAGAAAAAGACCCUCAGCGUCACUCAUUCAUCGAGGAAGACACUCCGGCGCGCCGAGACCGAAUCCUAGCAGUCAUCGCAGAAUGGAAUGAAAACUUUUUCAACCCUCGUCGAAUCCACAUAAAGGCAGGCUUCUCCCCACUGCCUUCAUACCCCUCCUCCCGAUCCACGGCCAUACCAUCAGUAGCACAAGGUCCAUACGUCGAAUCUCGGCCCCUUCAGCCCGCCCAACCGACCAUGUAUCGCGACGCUCCUGCUCAAUGGUCCGCCAAUCUGUCAACACCUCAGCCCAUCCAUCGGUCUCUAUCCACCUCAUCCUCCGACUCGUCUUCCUCCUCUUCCAUGGAUUCCGUAAAGUCCAAGGACCUCGAAGGUGUGGACCUUGGCCAGAUUCGUUCCGCACUGCUCGCUUUCCAAUUGGACGCAACCAAGAAAGACCAUCUGCACGCGUCGGUGCGCCAGUUGCGUGAUGGUUUUCGCUCGCAACGUCGGAAUCUUUCGGGAAAGGACAGCAAAGAGCUAAAGAAGGAGAACAGGAAUCAAAGAAAAGAGAUAAAGAAAGAGGUCAAAGCUAUUGUGAAAGAAGUCAAAGCUACCCGCAAAGCAGAUCGCAAGGUUAGAAAAGCCGAGCGCAAAAGUCAAAGAGAGGGCAAGAGGGCUGAACGGGGUGGCAACGAUCGAAUCAAGGACUCCGAGGAUACGGGACGAAGGGCAGAAGAGAGAGCUGCAGAAAAGGUCCGUCACGCUCAAGAAAGAGGCCGAGAAGCCGAAGGGCGGGCAUCUGAGAAAGCGGCCAGGGCACAUGGGAGAGCGAGAGAAGCACAGGCACAAGAGGCAACAGCGGUGGCUAGAGCUCAGAAGAGGGUUGCUGAUGCGAGGGCGAGAGGAUGGGACGGCGAAGCGGCGGCGACACAGCGAGCCCAGGAGAUCAAGGCACGUACUGGUGCAGCUCAGCGGAGGGCGGGAGAGACUGCAGGGAGAGAGAGGUAUGAAAUUAACGGAGGACAGGAGACUGGUGUCCUGCUCACAGAGGAUUGA